ACAACAGGUUGAAAAUGAUACCACCAUGUGUAGAUAACUACAACAACAAUCAAUUCCUACAAAAAUCAAACCCAAUAAAAUCCCACCUCAAACUGGAUCUUCCCAAUUAAGAUGAAAAACCAUGUCUUCUCUAGCGAUGAAGACCAAAGUGGAAUGGCCAGAUCAUCAUCUUUUUAUUGGUGGAAAUCCCUCCAAGAAUUCGACGAAAAUGGCAAUUUCAAGAAUUCAUCAGACAUCUCAAACUUGACACCGAGAAUGAGAGUUGUGAGAGAGAUGGAGAGAUUGGCCUUUGUUUCUGUGGAAGGUUUCGAAGAUUUCAGACACAAACUGCAGAGUUAUAGAGCUGGAGAUUUAUGGCUUCCUGUCGGUGGGAUCAAGAAGGAAGAAAUAGAUAUUCCACCUGUCAUCACAAUUCUCUUGACAGGGUUGAAUGGGUCUGGUAAAAGCUCUCUCAUCAAUUUGAUGUAUAGUGUUCUUGGAAGAUCUGGCUUGAUCCCUUUUGCUCAGACAUCAGGGGAAUCAUCAAGAUACACGACUAUGUUUCUUGAAGAGCACAAUGUGUUGAGAUCUCCUAGGAGUGGAUUGUGUGUCUACGACACUAGAGGCUUCGACCAGAUUCGAAUAGACGAAGGAUUGGACGAGGUUUCGACGUGGAUGAGAGACGGCGUUAGACACAACCAACCUUGCUACAGAUUAGGAGAUGAUCGAAAAUUUAUGAGAUUAAAUAGUUCAAGAUAUGUGAAGAGAAGGGUCAAUUGUGUGAUGGUUGUGGCUGAUUUGUUGCAAAUUCACCAAGCCUUCAAUUCUGCUGAUUUCAAAUCCAUCGAGGCGUUGAAGUCCCUUUUUCAUUUGGAUUGCAUCAAAAAUUUGAAUGAGAAUCCGAUCUUAAUUCUAACACACGGUGACGUCCUAAGCCCGGAAGAUAGGAUCGGGGCGAGGCUAAAAAUAUGUGAAUAUUUAGGUAUACCAGAGACGAGUGGGGCAUACGACGUGGCAUGCUUGACGGAGAAAGGGAUUCUUGUUGAAGACUGUGAUCCCGUAACCGCGUUCGCACUAACGGAGGCUGUGUAUAGGGCUUUACUGCAAUCAGACAGAUCUCAUCUGCCUAAGAGGAAAUUUGUGGAUUUGAUUAUCAUGUUUUUAUUAUGGAUAAUGAGCUGCAUUGCUACAUUCUUUGCAUUUCUUGCUCAUUUCUUCUCAAAGUUUGGACAUCACGAUAAGAAACUUAGGAUGUGAUUGUGUUUAAAUUUUAAUUGUAAUCCUAUAUAGUUUGUUGUUCUUGAUGUUUAUAAGAUUGAUGGACAUGUUAAUGUUU